AUGAGAAAGAAGGCACGGUUGAAGAGAUUACGUAUCUCAUUAUACCAGGCUGUCGCGUCAAAGGUAAAAUCACGAAAGAAAGGAGAGUUUUGGGAUAAAAACGUGUUGAGCACUGAGGCAGGAAGAAAGAUUACUGAACGGGCGCAUAAUUCAAUAUUCCAGCAGAGUGGAACUGAGAAGAAAGCGACUUACAAUGUGGAUGAGUCGUUGGUGAUUUCACGUGUCAUACAACAGAUUUGUGACGAAAUUUUCAAAGAACGAGGCAAAGAAGCUGCGCUCAAGGAACUUGAUCAACUGAUCAAACGAAGUUGUUGGACACCCACCAGUAUUGGUGAAUUGAAUGAGUCCAAGAAAAGGAAAGCAGUCGAUGCAAUGAUGUUACUGGCAGAGAAAAACAGUGGUGAUAUCAAAGGUUGUUUUGUAUAUAAAGGAAAUGAGACAAGAGACUGGCUGUCUCGAGAGGACACAGCUAGCCCGACCGCAUCGCAUGAAGGUAUCUGUUGCACAGGAGUGAUUGACGCGCACAAAGGUAGAUGCAUGAUGUCAAUGGACAUUCCGAAUGCAUUCACUCAGACCUUGAUGCCAGAUUUAGGUGAUGGAGAAGAUCGGGUGAUCAUGAAGGUAACUGGACUGAUGGUCCAAUAUAUGAUCGACUUGGACCCGACCUAUUGCGAUUGUGUUGUUUAUGAGAAUGGUAAGAGGGUGAUCUAUGUUGUGAUCCUUUGUGCCAUAUAUGGGAUGUUGCAGGCAUUGUUGCUAUGGUAUCGAAUUUUGAGGGCUUCUCUAGAGGAGUAUGGCUUUGUUUUUAAUUGA